AGAUCUGUAAGGAGUGCAAGUUCAAGGCUAGUCGACAGAUAAAUCGUAUAUAAGUAGAUAGCGCAGGGCAUUCGCCCCUUAUUCUUGAUCAGAAAACGACCUUGACGAGUGGGGUGAACGGUAAACCGGAAUGUAGAACGUAAUAUGCUGUCCAGUAUCACAGCUAGACCAUUUUGAAACGUGACAGCCAAAAGUGUUUCAUAUUAUUUACUUAUCACUCGACAAUCGUCAAAGAUAAAUAAUACCUACAUAUACAAUGAUAAUGCGACUCGUUACGUUAGCCUACAUUGCCUCAGUGACUGCAGUGAGUUGUGCCACUGCCGAUAAUUCCACAAUGUCUAACCUCAAAGUGCUGGUUUCUUCGAAAGAUUACCCUGAAAGUGGACUGAAGAUUUUGCGUGAACAUUUUACAGUGCUCCAAACUACUCACCUGAAUUUCGGUGAAGAAGGGAAGAAAGAGAAUUAUGAAGAACUGCUAAAUCUCAUCCCAGGGUGCUCUGCACUCGUGUGGCUAUCGCACCAUCCCAUCACCAAUGAGCUGCUGGAUAGAGCUGGCCCAAACCUAAAGUUGGUGGCUACCGUGUCAGCGGGCUACAACCACUGCAACGUGGACGAGCUGAAGGCGCGCGGCAUCAAAUUGUCAAACACACCUGAUGUGCUGAGCGCAGCGGUUGCAGAGCUUGCCAUCAGCCUAAUGCUGGGAGCCGCAAGGAGGUUCCCUGAGAACCUUCAGCAAGUCCAGAGUGGCGAAUGGGAGAUCGGAUUCGGUGUGGUCCUGGGCCAGGAGAUCCGCGGCAGCACGGUCGGCAUCAUCGGCCUAGGCGGCAUCGGACAGGCAAUCGUCAGGCGGCUGGCUGGCUUCGAAGUCAACAGGUUCCUGUAUACUGGACACAGGGAGAAGCCGGAAGCAAAAGCGCUCCACGCAGAGUUCGUGCCACUGGACACUCUGUUGUCUCAAAGUGACUUCGUAGUGUUGGCGGUGCCGCUCACAAACGAGACCAAACUAAUGAUCAACUCCACAACGCUCGGCAAGAUGAAGAGGAACGCCAUCCUUAUCAAUGUUGGACGAGGAGAUUUGGUAGACCAAGAUGCCCUGUACGAUGUCCUGAAGAGCAAAACCAUAUACGCUGCCGGGCUCGACGUCACCACUCCGGAGCCCCUGCCCAAAGAUCAUAAGUUGCUGACGCUACCUAAUGUCUUCAUAUUGCCACACAUCGGCAGCGCCACCGUGCGCACGCGCAGCGACAUGGGCGCGCUGGCCGCCAACAACGUCGUGCGGGGACUGAGCGGGAAACCACUCAUCACACCAGUGUUGCCAUAAUCAUCACAAUGAUGUAUUCACUUAAUCAUUAUUGUAUCGGCAUCGAGGCUAAACUUACCGCUAUAUUUAGUUAAAAUCUAGUAAGAAUAUAAAUAACUACUAGAUGUGUAAGAAUAGACUGUUUAACUCGAAAAAGGAGAACGAUCCAGACAUCAGACCCCCGCCAAGUCGAUAGACUUUACUAUAAAUAUAGAACUUUUUUGAAAAAGAAGAAAA